ACUGCCUCCACGAAGGAGUCCAUCCCCAUCGCCCCGUCAGCCCAGAUCGCCGCAGACGUUGCCGCCCCCGCCCCCGGCCCCGGCGCCGGAGAGGUCCGUGCGGCCGCGGCGCAGGAGCCCGACGCCGGCCGCGCCCCCAACCCCGUCGGCGGCGCCGUCGCGAACGCCGCUGCGCUGCGCGCCGGCAGCGACGCCGCCGAGGACGCCGGUCGCACGCUCAAGGGCGCCGCGGCUGACGCGCAGGGCGCGGCUUCCGACGCUGCCGGCUCUGUGAAGAGUGCCCUGUUUGGCGCCAAGAACGACGCGUCCGGUGCUGCAGACUCUGUCAAGGACGCCGCCUCCGACGCGGCUGACAAGGCUAAGGGUCUGUUCGGCGGUAGCAAGAGCGACGUCCGUGGCGCCGCCUACGACGCCAAGGGGGCCGCCAACGACGCCGCCGGCUCGAUCAAGGACGCGGCCAACGACGCGGCCGACAAGGCCAAGGGUCUGUUCGGCGGCAGCAAGAGCGACGUCCGCGGCGCCGCCUACGACGCCAAGGGGGCCGCCAACGACGCCGCCGGGUCGAUCAAGGACGCUGCCUCCGACGCUGCUGACAAGGCCAAGGGUCUGUUCGGCGGCAGCAAGAGCGACGUCCGCGGCGCCGCCUACGACGCCAAGGGGGCCGCCAACGACGCCGCCGGCUCGAUCAAGGACGCGGCCAACGACGCGGCUGACAAGGCCAAGGGUCUGUUCGGCGGCAGCAAGAGCGACGUGCGCGGCGCCGCCUACGAUGCCAAGGGGGCCGCCAACGACGCCGCUGGCUCGAUCAAGGACGCCGCCUCCGACGCUGCUGACAAGGCCAAGGGUCUGUUUGGCGGCAGCACGAGCGACAUCCGCGGCGCCGCCUACGACGCCAAGGGGGCUGCCAACGACGCCGCCGGCUCCGUGAAGGACGCCGCCAACGACGCCGCUGACAAGGCCAAGAGCCUGUUCAACCAAGGCAAUGUCAAGACCGUCGCCUUUGACGCUAAGGGCGCCGCCUCCAACGCCGCAGACUCGGUCAAGGACGCCGCCGCCGACGCGAGGGGCGCGCUCAAGGGCGCCGCCGGCGAUGCGAAGGGUAGCCUCUUCGGCGCCAAGGGCGACGCCAAGGCCGCCGCCUCCGACGUGACCGGCUCCAUCAAGGGCGCCGCCUCGGACGCCGCCGCCAAGGCCAAGGGUGCCGCCGCCGACGCGAAGGGCGCCUUCAGCGGCGCGUCCGGCGACGCCAGGGGGACCGCCUCCGAGGUGCAGGGCAAGCUCAAGGGCGCGGCCGCCGAGGUGCAGGGCAAGGCCAAGGGCGCUGCUGAGUCAGCAUCGGGCAGCGCCAAGUCUGGCGGUGGCGGCUUCCUGUCUGGCCUUCAGCGCAUCUUCCGCGGCCCCGCGGCCAACGUGUCAUCCACGCCCAGCUCUGUGGCUGUCCCCAACUCGUCUGCGGCGGCCUCUACGCGCAACGCCAUCCCCAUCGCGCCCUCCGGCAAGAUCGCCGCUGACGUGGCGGACCCCGCGCCCGGCCCUGGCAUCGGGGAGAUCCGGGAGGCGGCCAGGCAGGAGCCCGACGGCAGCAUCCGCGCGUCCAAGGUUGGUUCAAGCUUCUGA